CUAGACCCCUGGCUGGGAGUUGAACCAAGGACCUUCUUGCUGCAAGGCAACAGUGCUACCAACUGCACCACUGUGUAAUCCAGAACAAAACCAGAUCAGAUUAAUAAUUAAAAGUAAGGGCAGGCACAGGGACCCAGCAGCUGCACAGCCACCCUUAGUGUACUUAGAUAAUUAUUCAAACAGAUGUAUAGGCGCACAGUUUAUCUGUCACAAACAGUCAUGGGGACACACUGGUAUGCAAUAGGUGCAUUGAUUUUAGCAUUUGGGACAUUUGUGCAGUCUUACACAAUUUUAUUUCCAAAAGAUCCCCCAACCAAACCAGGCCAAUGUCCACGUUUCAUAACACACUUUCCAACUGGUGUGGGCUGUAAUUGUGAUCAAGACUGUCCUGGAGACGAUAAAUGCUGCAAUUACCAAUGUGGAUCUUUCUGCCUGCAUCCAGAUUUCAUAAGGGCAGAGUGUCCUAAACCAAGUGGUGUGGGCACAUGUGAUGAAAAAUGCCAAGAAGACAAGGACUGCUGCUGUGGUAGGAGAUGCUGCUCCAACGGCUGUGGGCUUGAGUGCAUGAUACCAAAAAUAGUGAAGCCAGGUCACUGUGGUCUGUGGUCACCGCAUGAAUGUGGGGACUUCUGCAAAGAUGAUGGUUAUUGUACAGGUGACAAAAAGUGCUGCCCAUCCUUCUGUGGUAAUUUUUGUAAAGACCCCAUCUAAUCGGCUACAUUUGGCAGAUAUACAUUGUGUAUCCUUGAUUGCAAUUGUUUGCAUUCAUUAAUUGAAUAAAUAAUUACAAGCUUG